CUCGGGCAUCUCCUCUCUUGAGUUUCCUCCUCAUAGGCUUGUCCCUGGGAGUGUGGGCGGCCGCAUUCCUGAGCACCGAAACUCUCCCUCCCCUCCCCCCGCUAGCCUUCCUCCUCCUGCACACCAGCCUCUCUUUUCUGCCUCAGUCACUUCCUUCCUCAGCUUCUUCCUCCCCAGUGCGUUGAAGAAGAUAACCAGCCCGCACCGACGCAGCCCCAGUUUUCUCGGAAAAGAAAAGGAGGCGGAGAGGCAGCAAUGAAUGUGGAUCAUGAAGUUAACCUCUUAGUGGAGGAAAUUCAUCGUCUGGGUUCAAGAAAUGCUGAUGGAAAAUUAAGUGUGAAAUUCGGGGUCCUCUUCCGAGAUGACAAAUGUGCCAAUCUCUUUGAAGCACUGGUAGGAACUCUCAAAGCUGCAAAAAGAAGGAAGAUGAUUACAUACCCAGGAGAGCUACUUUUGCAAGGUGUUCAUGAUGAUGUGGACAUUAUAUUGCUGCAAGAUUAAUGUGGCUUGCAUAGCUUUGCUUAUUGUGGGUUUUUUUGUUUCUGGUAAACUGGAAUAUUACAUCAAAGGACAAACGUAUUAGCAUAACUUAAUGUAUUUUUAUAGAACUUUAUAAACAAAAGGAGAGUCAUUUUAGAAGCCUGUCCUUUUUUAUAUCUUGAAAGUAAAUUUAUGUAUUACACUGUAAAAUAAAUAAAACCUAUUAUUUUUUCUCAGGAAUCUGGCUGGAAAAUGUAGGCAAUGAGGCUUUUUUUGAUGGGGAUGCAAGAGUGUUUGUUUCAUAAAUCAUUGUUAGAUAAUUUCUACAGAUAUUUGACAUUCUAUGAAAUCAAGAAGCAAACUUGAAGACCAGCUCCCACAAUGAAUGUAAUGUUUAUGUAAUAAAAACAUGUAACUCUCUUCAAA